AUGAAGGAUAUUAGUGAUCUUAAAGCACCUGGUUAUGAUGGGUUUAAUGCUUUAUUUUUCAAGAAGACUUGGCAGAUUGUAGGUGAGGAUAUAACAAUGGCAGUGAUGGAAUUCUUUGAAACAGCACAUAUGCAUAAACCUAUCAACUGUACAGCAAUAACCUUAGUGCCUAAAGUCAGAAAUCCUGUGAGUGUUAAAGAAUAUAGACCUAUCUCAUGCUGCACAGUUCUAUACAAGGUGAUCUCCAAGGUUAUAACCAAGAGAUUGCAGAAAGUUAUGGAUGAUUUAGUUGACAACACACAGUCAGCUUUUGUGCCUGGAAGAGUGAUAACUGAUAACAUAAUUCUAAGCCAUGAACUAGUGAAAGGCUAUGGAAGGAGAGGAGUAUCACCCAGAUAUAUGAUGAAACUAGAUAUGCAGAAAGCCUAUGACUCAAUUGAUUGGCCAUUCAUGGAACAAGUUCUGAAUGCACUGACUUUCCCAGACAAAUUUGUGAAAUGGAUUAUGACAUGCAUGGAGACUGUCACUUAUACUGUGAUGAUAAAUGGAAACCUGACAAAACCAUUUGAUGCCAAGAAGGGGUUAAGGCAAGAAGACCCUAUGUCUCCAUUUUUGUUUGUGCUGGCAAUGGAGUACUUAACAAGAAGCCUCAAAACACCGAACCAGAUCCCAGAUUUCAACUACCAUCCCAAGUGUGCAAAGAUGAAAAUCUUGCAGCUUGGAUUUGCUGAUGACCUUUUAUUGUUUUGCAGGGGUGAUAUAGGUUCAAUAAAGCUUUUGUUCCAAUGCUUCAUGGAGUUCUCAAAUGCUUCUGGACUGGUGAUCAAUAAACACAAAAGUUCUAUCUUCUUUGGUGGAGUAUCACAAGCUGAUCAGGAGGGAAUCCUAGAGUUUCCAGGAAUUCAAAAGGGUGAGCUACCAGUAAGAGUCCAACUGAUAAAGAGUGUGCUGUUUUCUAUACAGACAUACUGGGCACAGAUCUUUGUAUUGCCUAAAAAGAUCACAAAGUUAAUUGAAGCAAUGUGUAGAAGUUUUUUGUGGACAGGAGAUGGAAGUAUAUCAAAAAAGGCUCUACUGGCAUGGGAGAAACUAUGUGGAACAAGUCUGCCAUCUGCAAACAAUUCUGGAAUUUGUGCAAGGAGAAAAAGAAACUGUGGAUACACAGCUAUUACAUCAAAGGAAGGCCUCAUAUGGGAUGUUCAACUGAAACAAGCAUCUUGGUUGGUAAAUAAUAUCAUAAAAGCAAAGGAGACAUUCAUGGAGGCAGGGCUCAGCUAUGAAGAUAUCAUGAAUAUGCAAAGCUGCUCAAUUAAAAACAUAUAUCACAGGCUGCGUGGAAGAUUUGAGAAAGUUAGUUGGAGAAGGGUAGUCUGCCAUAAUACAGGAUGCCCAAGAUGGACAUUUAUACUAACUGUGGCAGCUCAUGGGAAGCUAUACACAAAGGAUAGAUUGCAGAAGUGGGGAAUGCAGGUGGAUCGGGAAUGUGUCUUGUGCAAGCAAGCCAAUGAAACUAUACAACACUUGUUCUUUGAAUGCACAUAUGCAAAAGCAUUGUGGAGCACACUGUUAGCAUGUCAAGGAAUUAGAAGACCUGUAGCUGGUUGGGAUAAAGAACUACGAUGGGCUGAGAAGAAGACUAAAAGGAAAACAACUGCUGCAGAGUUGUACAAAAUGACAGUAGCAACAACAAUAUACCAUGUUUGGCAAGAAAGGAAUACUAGAAUUUUUCAAGCAAAUGUGACAGGUUGGGAAGCAGUUAGUAAGAAGAUCAUUCAAGAGCUACAUUGUCGAAGUACCAAACAUACAGUGGGAAUGCUACAUAGACUAGAUUGGUACCCAGUGUAA